AUGGAUGUCCAGACCUUCGCUGAUGGUGCGAUGAGGGUUUUCUCCUCAGCGGAACCCCGUGUCUUUGCAAUCACCAUGGCAACGUAUGAAGGGCACCGAGGAGGAGGGAAAGGGUGUAGUUUGUUAGACACAGGGUGGUGUGUGGAGGGAGCGAGGGCUUCAGAGGGAGGAAGAGAGCGACGAGUGAAAGUGGGAUUUAAAGAAAAGUGCAGAGAAGAAGGGAGAAGAUCCGUUUUACUUUCUUCCAGCGUUCGCCUGUCGCCGUCCAACAUGUGUUUUAGUUUGGUGACGCUGUUCCUCUGUCUUUCUCAAACAGAGCCGACUAAAGUUUGGCUUCAUCAGCAAACAGAUGAUCAGUACACUGUACAGCAGAUUGAGGAGUCAACUGGAGGUGACAGUCAUCUUCACAGAGCCCAGAGGUCAUCCUCGGGUCAUGUUAUAAGCCGGGCGGUCCUGGGUGGAGAACUAACCAUUGACAUCCUGCCAGACAACAUGACACGCAUAGUGGAGGAUUCUGGCAAGUAUUACACAUGGCGUAGCUUUGGCCCUGAGGACCAACGCACACAAGAAUUAUGGGUAGACAUGAGUGACGUCCGACACGGCCAAGUGAGAGUCCAUGGCAUCCUGUCAAACUCAUACAAACAGGCUGUGAAUGUUGCACUGUCGUUUGACUUCCCUUUUUACGGACACUACCUGAAGCAGAUCAGCAUAGCAACAGGAGGGUUUAUCUUCACAGGAGACAGCACCCACCGUAUGCUCACCGCUACACAGUACAUCGCCCCACUCAUGGCUAAUUUUGAUCCAAGCUACUCCAGAGAGUCCACUGUGCAAUACCUGGAUAAUGGCGAAUUGUUCGUGGUCCAGUGGGAGCGAGUCAGACUCUUUGGCAAAGAGUCAGCAGGAGCCUUCACCUUUCAGGCUGCGCUUUACAAAACUGGAACAAUCACGUUCAGCUACAGAGAUGUGCCGCUGUCAUUAGAUGUCAUCAGUUCAGCUCAACAUCCAGUGAAGGCAGGCUUGUCUGAUGCCUUCAUUGUCACGGCACCCUCCUCUAAAUCACCAGACGCUCAACGGCGUACAAUUUACGAGUAUGAUCGGGUUGAGAUAAACACUUCGAAGAUUAUCAACUACUCUGCUGUUGAGUUCACUCCACUACCUACCUGCCUGAAACAUGACAGCUGUGAACUGUGUCUCUCAUCCAACCAAACCUCUGGCUGUAGCUGGUGUAAUGUGCUCCAGAGGUGUUCGGAUGGAAUGGAUAGACACAGACAGGAAUGGCUAGACUAUGGCUGCUCAGAGCAGGACAAAGAUGCAACCUGUGAAGACUACUCAAAGGACGAAAGCUUCACUGGUUCCUAUGUUCCACCAGAAAGGAAGGAUGUGACAUCUUUGAUUCCUCAACAAAAAAGCUGCAAAAGUGACGAUGAGAAUUCAGCUUCUUCAACCAGAAGUGAAGGGUUGGGCAACGUAGGAGUGAUAGCUGGUAUAGCAGCUGCUCUUGUGCUUCUCUUGGCUCUGGUAUUUGUAGUCCUAUACAUCAACUACCAUCCCACUGCUGCAUCAUCACUUUACCUCAUUCAGCGACGCAAGAACUACUGGCCUUCCUUCAAAUUCCAGAAGCAACAACCUGGCUACACAGAAGUGGAAGGUGAUGGACAUGAGAAGAACAGCAUUGUUGAAGCUGGGCCAUAUUGAAACCAUGAAUCAUGAGCUGAUUACUACAAACACUGACAAGCAUACAGUUGUCCAGACAUUUAGACUCCAAAGCCAGUUCAGCUUUCACUGCUAAUUAUUUUUAAGCCAUUUGUGACACUGAUUACAGCCAAUGGUUAUAGGACUGUGUUUGAAAUAUUUAUCUUUAUGGUAAUACAUUUUAAUGAGAGUGUUAACUUGACUAUAUUUUGCGAACAAAUGCAUGCCACCAGCUUAAUAAUGUUAGACAAAUACAAUACAUGCUGUUCUACAUCAACAAUAAAGAUAUGGGUGCACCUCUGUUUUACUUCCUGCUCCUUUUUGAUUAAGUUUUAUGUUCCGCCUUGCAAAAAUAAACACUACAGUAAAUUAUCA